AAAACACCAUUCUCCCAGAAAAUAAAUAAAUUCUAAAUAUGUAUUAAAAGGUGAAGGAAGAGUUUCAUCUAAUCCUUCUCUUUCAUAAUUCUCAGUCUCUCUCUUCCUCUGAUAUUUCAGGGUUCAAAUUCUUCUUCAAUACCAGGUUUCAAAGUUGGUUCUGGAUUUGGAUUUGGGUAUUUUGUAUAAGAAGAGGACUUGGUUAUUCUAAGUUGGAUUGAACUUUGUAAAACUCAGAAGCAAAGAUGGUUGAAUCAUUAGCUGCAACAACAUCUCUUCUUGGGCAUAGACCUCUUUAUGGAGGCUCUUUGGUUAAGGAUGUGCCUAGCAAGAGAAAAUCUCCUAAAACUUGUCAUUUCCCUGUAACUAAAUUCUAUGGUCAAAGGCUUAUUGCAUCCUCUCCUUUGCCAAGAUUGAAACUUGGUCUUUUGGUAGUUCCACCUAUUAAGGCCCUUGCCAUGGAGCUGACAAAAGAGGCUUAUUCUUAUAAGGAGGAUAGGAUUCCCCAGGAUUGGAGUUAUCAGAUUGGUACUGGUUUAGAGGGAAAGCCUGGUUUGUGGCCACCAGAGAAUAAAGCAGAUAACCCAUCACUGCAUAAUCCUUUGCUUCGACAAGAAAGAAUGGGUUGCGGUUGGUUAGGUGCUAUAUUUGAGUGGGAAGGUGUUUUGAUAGAAGAUAACCCUGAUCUCGAGAGGCAAGCUUGGCUCGUUCUUGCUGAAGAAGAAGGGAAGCCUCGCCCCCAAGCCUUCAUUCUUCGAAGAGUAGAAGGUAUGAAAAACGAGCAGGCAAUCUCUGAAGUUCUUUGCUGGUCGAGAGAUCCAGCUCAGCUGAGAAGAAUGGCUGCUAGAAGGGAAGAAAUUUACCAAGCUUUGCAGGGUGGUGUAUACAGAUUACGAGCAGGGUCUAAAGAGUUUGUAAAUGUCUUGAUGCAUUACAAGAUACCGAUGGCAUUGGUUUCUACACGUCCUAGAAAAGCUCUUGAGACUGCGAUUGGAAUGAUCGGUAUUGAAGGAUACUUCAAUGUGAUUGUGGCUGCGGAGGAUGUUCAUAGGGGAAAGCCUGAUCCAGAAAUGUUUGUCUAUGCUGCUCAGCUUCUACAGUUCAUACCUGAACGCUGCAUUGUGUUUGGUAAUUCGAAUCAAACUGUGGAAGCUGCCCAUGAUACUCGCAUGAAGUGUGUGGCUGUUGCAAGCAAGCAUCCAGUUUACGAGCUUGGGGCUGCAGAUUUGGUGGUGAGACAUCUCGACGAGCUCUCAGUGGUUGACUUGAAGAGUCUGGCUGCUGUUGAAUCAGCUGAAUUUGGUUCUGCAGAGCCAGAGAUGGAACUUGAGGAAGAAGAUGAUAGAUCAUCCUCCACUUUAACAGCCGUUGAUGAUUAUAACUGGUAACCGUGCGAAUGUACAGUUCUUUAUUCAUUACUGAUUCUUGAUGAUAAUAGUUAUAUAUUGACAAUGCUGUGUAUAAGGAGGCAAGGCAACAAAAAAGAAAAGAGGGAAAAAAGAGAAAGAAAAAAAAAGAAUGCCAAAACCAAACAAUAGGAUCAGAUUAAAGGUGGUCUCCAUUAGACUACUUUAAUGUUAUCAUAUAUAUUCUCUGUACAGAUUUAUAUAUCUAUAUGUAUGUAUGGUACUUUCCAAGUUUA